AUGAUUCUGUGGUUAUUACUUUCAUUGCGACCUCUGCCACAUGGAGCGUCGAUCCCACCACAGCCGGUGAUUCCGACGGCAAGCGCAUGUCUACAGGGCUGUUUCGCAAUCGGGAAGCAUCGUGAACGCUGCUUUCGACCUGCUCAACUUCAAGAGCAUCGCCGUCGACAUCGAGAACUUCUGCAGGGAUCGGAAAGUGCUCUGUAUUUUCGAACUAUGAUUACUUCGUACCUCAAUUUGAACUCAGCGUUGCUGAAAUGUGGACGGGAAUGUCCGCCUGAGCAGAUCGCCGAGUUGGAGGCGAGGACCCACGCCAGUUCGUUCAUCUGCAGUAACAAAAUCGAAGAAUUCCGUUUGGUAUCUGGAUGUUUGGACGGAGCCACAGAUGUGACCGCUGCAUGUGCAUCAGAAUGCGGAGUGCCGACGGAUGUGCCAUUCCGUCUCGACUCAUCACCUGCCGCUUCCGUGAACCCAGCCGUGUUCCUUGACGGCGUCGCCGGAAUCUGCAAGAAGGAAAUUUGCCUGAUGAGAUGCUCUCAAAAGGGCCUCAACAAGGAAUGUGCCGGUGCCGGUGACCUUUUCAAGGAUAUGGCUAGGCAUCAGGUGAGAAGUGGAGUUGAAACGUUGACAGCAGCGGCUGCCGACGAAAAUGCCACCACUGUGCAUUUCAUGGCCGAGAACUACCUGAAGAAUUUACCGACCGAAUGCGCCUUUUUGAAGGACGUUGAUGAGUUCGAGAAGACGACGCCGAUAGUGGUCGAGGAGCAGCCGGCCGAAACUGUGAACCCGACCAGCACUCGCAGCGAUCCUUCAAAUAUAAAUCUGACAUUGUUUAAGGGACAAACUACUGUGGUGCCCGUUCUAGAAGGUGGAUUCAUAGCCGAAGGCGAGACUGGCCAUGUUACCAUUGAACUGCCAGAUGAAGAAGAAGAAGGAGAAGUGAAGACAGUGGUGGUGAUGACGACGCCUUCGGCAGAAGCGACCGAAGCAGAAGAGAAGGAGACGUCACAUGAGGAGAGCAAGGGUGACAUUGGAAUGGACGUGAACGAGAUCACGUCGCCUGCACCAACGGAACCUGUGAUUGUCGUUGACGAUACCCCGAGCGAUAUCGAUGAGAACCGAGUUCAAGCCGGCACCAAACAGGAAGUGGAAACCAAGAACAUCAAACUGGAUGCUAUCGGAGUUGUGAAAGACGUCGAAAAGGGCUCAACUGAAAAACUGUCUUCCGAGGAAGUUGGCAAAACACCAGGCGCAGAUCUCAGCAAAACACCUCUCACGAGCAAAGCAAGUGCAGAGGUUGUCGCAGGAAGCAAAGAAGGCGCAUCGAAAGAUGAAGGAGCCAGUGAUGAUAAAAAGUCGAGUAUCAGUAAGGCACCAGCAGAAUCUCUCAGCAAGGCGCCUGUCACAAGUAAAGCAAGUGCGGAGGGUGUCACUGGAAGCAAAGAGGACGCAAAAGAUGAUUCUAGAGGCGUUAGUGAGGAGAAGAAGGCUAUCGGCAGUGCUGAAAAGUUGGAAUUCGAGAAAGAAAAGAAAUCAGAUGAACCAAGACUGGCAUCAAAAGAAGGGACGAAGUUCAAUAAACUAUCACCUGAGCCGUCGAAGCCUGUUGAAGAAAAUAUAGGUGAAGCAAAGGGUGCUAGAGAAGAAAGCAAAGAUUCUAAAGAAGAAGUGAAGGGUUCCAAAGAAGAGCAGAAGGAAAGCGAUGAAAAAGAAGAUGAGCCAGAAAAGGGAUCUAAAGAAAAAGUGUCUGACGACGUUGGCUCUUUGGGUGAAAAUGAGGCGCAAGAAAACUUAAAUCGUCACGCUACAAUAAAAACCACACCCGGUGAAUCACCAUUUGGGCUCUGCAGCAAACUUAUUGGAGAAUUGAAAUAA